UCCAAUAACCAAAUUUAAUGUUUUCAUAUUAUUUUUCUCUAUCUGGUAAUUAAAAAUGGCUGUCACAAAUCUCCUCGCCACAAGCAACGUCGUCAAAUUGGACGGCGUUAGCUUCUUCUCUUCUUUUGCCGGCAAACCAAACCACUACUUGGGUCGUCGUUUGUCACAAACGACUCGUAGAGUCCAAACUUUGUGUUGUUAUCGUGAGACGUCUUUGAAAGCUGUGAAGUCGUUUAUGAUGCCUGAGGCAGACACAAGUGGUGACAGUAACGGAAUUGGAAUCGUCCGUUUCUUGAAAGGGAAAUGCUAUCUUGUUACUGGUGCAACAGGGCUUCUUGCUAAAGUGUUGAUUGAGAAAUUGUUGAGGACAAGUCCUGAUGUUGGGAAGAUCUUUCUUCUGAUGAGAUCUAAGGAUCAAGAUUCAGCCAACAAGAGACUCUAUGAUGAGAUCAUAAGCUCGGAUCUGUUCAAUCUUCUGAAGCAAAUGCAUGGGAGCUCUUACGAAGUCUUCAUGAAGAGCACGUUAAUUCCAGUACUUGGAGACAUUGGAGAAACUAAUCUCGGGAUCGAAUCUGAAAUAGCAGGGAAGAUUAGUGAGGAGAUUGAUGUCAUUAUCAAUUGUGGUGGUCGUACAACAUUUGAUGACAGAUACGACUCUGCCUUAAGUGUCAAUGCUCUUGGACCUGGUAGGCUCUUAAGCUUCGGAAAGGAAUGCAAAAAACUGAAACUUUUCCUCCAUUUUUCAACUGCUUACGUGACGGGUAAGAAAAACGGGACAGUACUUGAGACUCCUCUCUGCAUUGGAGAAAACAUAACUUCUGACUUGAACAUCGACUCCGAGCUGAAACUAGCUUCAGAAGCUGUAAAAAGGUUCCAUGGCAGUGAAGAAGUCAAGAAACUGAAAGAACUCGGUUUUGAAAGAGCUCAAUACUAUGGCUGGGAAAACACUUACACAUUCACAAAGGCCAUGGGUGAGACUGAAAUUCACAGCAAGCGAGGAGAUCUGCCUGUAGUGAUCAUAAGGCCUAGUUGUAUCGAAAGCUCUUACAAUGAGCCUUUCCCUGGCUGGAUCCAAGGAAUAAGAAUGGUUGAUCCAAUCAUCGUUGCCUAUGGCAAAGGCCAGAUUUCCGGUUUCUGUGCAGAUUCUAAAUCCUUACUGGACAUUACACCUGUUGAUAUGGUUGCGAACGCGGCAAUAGCAGUCAUGGCAAAGCAUGGUUGUGGUAAUGGUAUCCAAGAGCUCAAAGUUUACAAUGUCACUUCAUCAUCUCAUUCGAAUCCCUUGCGAUUUGGCGAGUUGAUGGACCUCUCUUAUCAACAUCUUCGUAACUCUCCAUUGGAAGAAACAGUGAUAGACUUAGCGCCUAUGAAAUUCUUCAGUUCCUUAGAAUGUUUCAACUCCUCUGUAUCCAACAAUAUAAAAAAACAGGAAGGAGAGUCACAUAUAUCCACAUUGAGCAAGAAAGGAAAGAGGAGGCUGGACUAUUUAGUGUCCCUAGCAAGAACAUAUAAGCCUUACAUGUUCUUUCAAGCGCGGUUUGACGACACCAACACAACAAGUCUGAUACAGGAGAUGUCAAUGGAAGAGAGAAAGAUGUUUGAGUUUGAUGCCAGAGGCAUUGACUGGGAGCAUUACAUUGUCAACGUUCAUCUUCCAGCUAAAGCUAUAGAGAUGCCUUCGAAGAAGAAGCAGUCGAGGACGCCAUCUCGGCUAUCCAAUUCGGAACCGCCUGCAUCUCCUAAAACUCCGGCGUCUUCAACAACGAGUCGAGAUACUGACUUUAUCAACGAAGAAGAGCUUAGGCGCAGUAUUGAAGAAGCAUCAGCUGCGUUUCCUUGUCUUCUCGGAAAAUCUGCAAUCAUUGGAAGAGUAGCCGAUGUUGCAUCAGAUUCUAUCAGAGGCUCUAAGAUUUGGUUAUCGGAAACUUCAAUGGUCGCUGCUUCUCUCAGUCCUGGUUCCACUGUAUCGGUAUCACUGGCUUCCCCGGAGAGUAGAUUUUCGAGGAGCUUCCCACUCAGCUCGAUUAAAGCUGAAUAUGGAGAUGACAAUGAGAGUAGCAUUGCUGAUGAACCAGGGAACUAUUUUGUGCUUGCCACCGUUUUCUCUUCUUCUAAGGUUUUGAAGGAUGCUGUUCGUAUUUCAUUGAAUCUUUGCUAUGGGCUUGGUUGUCCUGUUUCAGGCAGGACUGUUUUUGUUUAUCCUGUUAGCGGACCUUCUUUAAGUGAUCAAUUUCACGGGAAUGGUGGAUCGCUCAAUGAUGAUGUUAACCAUCUGUCGCUGCUUGCCUGUAAAGAGUUGUGUUUGGAGUGGACUCCCUUCAGGAAUAUGUUACAAGCUAAAAAUGGUUUUGAAAGUUCUCACGAGCAGAACGGAAAUGGUAAUUCAACCCCUAAGACACCAUCAAACUUGCAAAAGUUUAGUUCUCCUCGCCCCGAAUCUCCGGCUUCACCAAUCUUACAGGACUCUGUUUUCAGUAGCAAGCAGCGGUUUUCAUCUGAAAGCUCGAUUGAUCUACGAGAGGUGUUGAGCAAUGAAAGUUCGAAGAAACUUCUGCAGAUUUGUGCAAGUUCGUGGCUUUACCCUUGUAGCCUGCUGUAUGGGAAUUUUGUGGCUGUGCCAAUUCUCUCAGAAAUCUGUAUAUUCUGUGUCAAAAGGGCUGAUAAAAGGCAAUCUGAUACAUCCAAUAGAAAUCAAGCUUUUAUAAUCAAUCAGGAAACUAAAGUCUACCUCCAUCAUACAUUGGACUUAGCAUCUGAAAUUCGAGAGAGAAAAUCUGUGCAAGGUCUCCAGUUUGAUGAAGACGAUGAAGGAGAAAAUGUGGGAUGUGAAAUCUCAAAGUUAGGUGGUCUCUCUAAAGAAUAUGCAAUUUUAAGGGACAUAAUUGUUUCCUCGUCCACAAAGAAUUCCUUAUCAAGUCUUGGUUUGCGACCUACCAAGGGAGUGCUUAUUCAUGGACCUCCAGGCACAGGAAAAACAUCUUUGGCUCGGUCCUUUGCCCACGAUUCUGGUGUCAACUUUUUCUCUGUGAAUGGACCUGAGAUUAUAAGCCAGUAUUUGGGCGAAAGCGAGAAAGCUCUAGAUGAGGUUUUCAGAUCUGCUAGCAAUGCUACACCAGCUGUGGUGUUCAUUGAUGACUUGGAUGCCAUUGCUCCUGCUCGGAAAGAAGGAGGCGAAGAAUUGUCUCAGAGGAUGGUAGCUACAUUACUGAAUUUAAUGGAUGGAAUAAGUAGGAGUGAUGGCGUUGUUGUAAUUGCUGCAACCAAUAGGCCUGAUAGCAUUGAGCCUGCCCUUAGACGGCCAGGAAGACUUGACAGGGAAAUUGAAAUUGGUGUACCAUCUUCUGCACAACGGUCCGAUAUACUUCGCGUCAUUCUCCGUGGGAUGCGGCAUUCACUUUCAGACAUCCAUAUUGAACAGCUUGCUAUGGCAACACAUGGUUUUGUUGGUGCAGAUCUGUCUGCACUGUGUUGUGAGGCAGCCUUUGUCUGCUUAAGGCGGCAUCUUGAUCAGAGUUCCUCUUCUAGCAAUUUGCCUCUUGAAGAAGUACAUAUUGCUGAGUCCUCGACAAAUAUGUCAGACAUAUCAUCUGAUAGUUCGGAUUCUGCAUCGUCAUGUAUAACAGUUUCACCCACAACUUCAGGGGCUCAGCGUACAUUUAGUUUAAAUGGGACAGUCUCUCUAGUAGCGGAUGCUAUUCAAAGCAGUGGCAACUCUUGUUCUGAACAGAUGCUUAGAAAAGAAGAAGAACAUACCUUAAGUGUAGGAUUUGAAGAUUUUGAAAACGCUAAGAUCAAAAUCAGACCUAGUGCCAUGCGAGAGGUGAUAUUAGAGAUUCCUAAAGUUAACUGGGAAGAUGUUGGUGGCCAAAAUGAGGUGAAAAAUCAGCUAAUGGAAGCAGUAGAAUGGCCUCAAAAACAUCAGGACGCAUUCAAGAGAAUAGGUACAAGGCCACCCAGUGGGAUACUGAUGUUUGGUCCACCUGGAUGUAGCAAGACCCUUAUGGCACGUGCCGUAGCUUCUGAGGCCAAGCUGAAUUUCCUUGCGGUCAAAGGUCCAGAACUAUUCAGCAAAUGGGUUGGUGAAUCAGAAAAGGCUGUUAGGUCCCUUUUCGCAAAGGCAAGAGCAAAUGCCCCCUCCAUUAUCUUUUUCGAUGAGAUAGAUAGUCUUGCCUCCAUUAGGGGGAAAGAAAAUGAUGGGGUGUCAGUUUCAGACAGAGUUAUGAGCCAGCUUCUUGUGGAGCUCGAUGGUUUGCAUCAAAGAGUUGGUGUUACCGUCAUUGCUGCUACAAACCGGCCAGACAAGAUCGAUUCCGCCCUACUAAGACCUGGACGCUUUGACCGCUUGCUAUAUGUGGGACCUCCUAAUGAAGCUGAUCGCGAAGCAAUACUCAAAAUCCAUUUGCGUAAAAUCCCAUGCAGCUCUGAUAUUUGUUUAAAGGAAUUCGCUUCCAUUACCAAAGGCUACACAGGAGCUGACAUAUCAUUGAUAUGCAGAGAAGCAGCUAUUGCUGCACUUGAGGAGAGUCUUGAAAUGGAGAAAAUAAGCAUGCGACAUUUAAAAGCUGCGAUUAGCCAGAUCGAACCAACAGAGAUUCAGUCUUACAAAGCACUGUCUGAAAAAUUCCAAAGACUUGUCCAUACAGAUCCACAAAGAGAAGAGGAGAUUACACAACCAGGAAACAAAAGUCGAACUCUAUGGACACCAUUGAAAUCAGUUGCGAUGUUUCUUCGACGCCACAUUGGUUCGUAAACAAAUGUUGAUACCAGCAAACUUGGGCAAUUCUCCAUCAUUAACAUACGUAUUCCGUUAAAAAAUCAGAUUUUGUUUUUUGUUGCGUCUCACAGACUUGUACGAAUCAACAGAACAAAUAGCAUAAUGUAAA